AGAGAAAACAGAAGGAGAAGCUAAAGAAGCUCAUGGCUACUGGAGGCAACCCAAGGCCUGCACGCUCUCUUCUCUUCUUGACAUUGAAGAAUCCCUUCCGCAAAGCGUGCAUUAGUAUUGUGGAAUGGAAACCAUUUGAAAUCAUAAUCCUACUGGCCAUCUUUACCAACUGUGUGGCCCUGGCCGUGUACUUACCAAUGCCUGAGGAAGAUAGCAACAAUACCAACAGCAACUUGGAAAGCCUGGAGUACAUCUUCCUCAUCAUAUUCUCUGUUGAGUGUUUUCUGAAGAUUGUUGCCUAUGGAUUUCUUUUUCAUGCAGACGCAUACUUAAGAAACUGCUGGAACAUUUUGGACUUUGUUUGUGUAUCUGUUGGGAGUUUCCAUGUUGUACUGAGGCAGAUUGUUACUGUGGCUGUGGAUGCCAUUAACCACUUCAGUGGUGUAGAAGCUACAGUUGGAGAAAAAGGGGGUGGCUUUGACAUGAAAGCUCUGCGGGCAUUCCGAGUCCUCCGACCUCUCAGACUGGUCUCUGGAGUCCCCAGCCUACAAGUGGUAAUGAACUCAGUCCUGAAGUCCAUGUUGCCUCUGUUUCAUAUUACCCUGCUGGUUUUCUUCAUGGUCACCAUUUACUCCAUUAUGGGACUGGAGCUCUUCAAAUGCAAAAUGCACAAGACCUGCUUCUACACAGGCACAAACAUCAUGGCUACAGUGGAGAAUGAGAAGCCAGCUCCAUGUGCCCAAGCGGGGAAUGGUCGCCGCUGUGCUAUCAAUGGGACAGAGUGUAGAGCUGGAUGGCCUGGCCCGAACCAUGGAAUAACCCACUUUGACAACCUUGGCUUUUCCAUGCUGACUGUCUAUCAGUGUAUUACCACACAAGGAUGGACUGAUGUCCUCUACUGGAUAAAUGAUGCUAUAGGAAUGGAAUGGCCCUGGAUCUAUUUCACUACACUCAUCCUGGUUGGCUCAUUCUUUGUGCUUAACCUGAUUCUGGGUGUACUCAGUGGUGAGUUCACAAAAGAGCGAGAGAAGGCCAAGUCCCGUGGAGAAUUUCAGAAGUUGCGGGAAACCCAGCAACUGGAUGAGGACCUCAAGGGUUAUAUGGAGUGGAUCACUCAGGCUGAGGUCAUAGAUAAUGACCAGGAGAGACAGGGCCUGUUACCGAUAGAAAAUAGAGGAUCAUAUACUGAAAGUGUCAGCAAAAUGGACACCGCACAGCUGAUCAUCUAUUAUUACAAAUUGGCUCGUAGGUGGAAUCGAUGGUUCCGCCAUAAAUGCAGAGUGUAUGUGAAGUCCAGACUGUUCUACUGGUGGGUGGUCAUGCUUGUAUUCCUCAAUACACUGGCCAUUGCAACAGAACACCACAAACAGUCUGAGAAACUCACAAAUUGGCAAGACAACGCUAAUAAGCUGCUGCUGUCGAUGUUUGCCCUUGAGAUGUUCGUGAAGAUGUAUGCGCUAGGCUUGUCUUCAUAUUUCAUGUCUCUCUUCAACCGCUUUGACUGCUUUGUGGUAUCCAUUGGCAUUAUGGAACUCAUCCUUGUCCAUAUGGGUGUCAUGUCAGUUAUGGGCAUCUCUGUGUUGCGCUGCAUACGGCUGCUCCGCCUGCUUAAAGUCACCAGAUACUGGACAUCUCUCAACAAUCUGGUGGCUUCCCUCUUGAAUUCAGUCCGUUCCAUUGCUUGCUUGUUGCUGCUACUUUUUCUUUUCAUUGUCAUCUUCUCCCUGCUUGGUAUGCAGGUUUUUGGCGGGAAGUUCAACUUCCCAAGUCAGCCCAAACCUCGAAGCACUUUUGACAGCUUCCCCCAGGCCCUAAUCACUGUUUUCCAGAUUCUGACAGGAGAGGACUGGAAUACUGUUAUGUAUGAUGGCAUCAUGGCUUAUGGAGGCCCCAACAUGCCUGGCAUCCUUGUCAGCAUCUAUUUCAUCAUUCUCUUUGUCUGUGGAAAUUUCAUUCUCCUGAAUGUCUUCCUGGCCAUUGCUGUUGACAAUUUGGCAGAGGCGGAAUCUUUGACUUUAGCACAGAAAGAGAAAGCUGAGGAGAAAAAACGCAAGAAAGCUCUGAGGGCUCAGAUACCUGGCAAAGCCUCUGAGGAAAAAGCCAAUCUGGCAAAGAAGUUGGCUGAGCAAAGGGCCAAGGGUGUAGAAGGCAUCCCUACUACUGCCAAGCUCAAAAUUGAUGAGUUUGAGUCUAAUGUCAAUGAGGUUAAAGAUCCCUUCCCUCCUGCAGAUUUUCCUGGGGAUGAUGAGGAGGAUGACCCUGAUAUUCCAGAAAGCCCCAGACCUCGUCCAAUGGCAGAUCUUCAGUUGAAGGAGGAAGCAGUGCCAAUGCCAGAAGCCAGUUCAUUUUUCAUCUUUGGGCCUCAGAACAAGUUCCGGAAGCUCUGCCAUCGUGUUAUCAAUGCAACUACUUUUACCAACAUCAUCCUCCUCUUCAUUCUGCUGUCAUCUGUUUCUUUAGCUGCUGAGGAUCCCAUUGACCCAAUGUCUUUCAGAAACCAGGUACUGGCUUAUGCUGAUAUAGUCUUCACUUCAGUGUUCACAGCAGAAAUUGUGCUCAAGAUGACAACGUAUGGAGCCAUUCUUCACAAAGGUUCUUUCUGUCGGAACUCUUUCAAUAUCCUGGAUCUUCUGGUGGUCAGUGUAUCUCUCCUCUCUAUGGGCAUGGAAUCCAGUGCCAUCUCAGUGGUGAAGAUUCUCAGGGUGUUGAGGGUACUCCGACCACUGAGGGCUAUCAACAGAGCCAAAGGACUUAAGCACGUUGUUCAGUGUGUGUUUGUGGCCGUCAAGACUAUUGGAAAUAUUGUACUGGUCACAAUGUUGCUAGACUUCAUGUUUGCCUGCAUUGGAGUCCAACUUUUUAAAGGCAAGUUCUACACAUGCACGGAUCUAGAUCAAAUGACUGAGGAAGAAUGCAAAGGAUGGUAUAUAAAGUACCAAGACAGAGGCCUUCAUGGACAAAUGGAAGGUCCAUAGAGAGAAUGGACUAACUCUGAACUAAACUUUGACAACAUCCUCAAUGGCAUGCUGGCUCUCUUCACCAUUUCUACCUUUGAAGGAUGGCCAAAGAUACUAUAUAAAGCCAUUGAUUCAAACUUGGAGAAUGCAGGCCCAGUAUACAACAACCGAGUGGCCAUCUCGGUCUUCUUUAUCAUCUACCUAAUCCUCAUUGCCUUCUUCAUGAUGAAUAUAUUUGUGGGUUUCGUCAUUGUCACCUUCCAGGAACAAGGAGAACAGGAAUAUAAGAACUGCGAACUAGACAAAAAUCAGCGCCAGUGUGUGCAGUAUGCUCUUAAAGCCCGGCCACUACGACGGUACAUUCCUAAGAAUCCGUACCAGUAUCAGGUGUGGUACAUUGUCACCUCCUGCUACUUUGAGUACCUCAUGUUCCUGCUGAUUAUGCUCAACACAAUGUGUCUAGGAAUGCAGCACUGCAACCAGUCUGACCAUGUUACUCAGCUGUCAGACAUGCUGAAUGUGAUCUUCACGGUGCUCUUCACUGCAGAGAUGAUUCUUAAACUUAUGGCCUUCAAAGCCAAGGGUUAUUUUGGAGACCCCUGGAACAUCUUUGAUUUUGUGAUUGUCAUUGGAAGUGUUGUCGAUGUGAUGCUCAGUGAAAUUUAUGCAGCAUUGGCCCCUCCUGGAGGACUUUACUGUCUCUAUGGCUGUGCUGAAGUGGAUCCCAUGGAGACAAUUGCCUCAUCUGAGAACAUGAGUGUAUCAAUAACAUUCUUCAGACUCUUUCGAGUCAUGCGUCUGGUCAAACUCUUGAAUCGCUCUGAGGGGAUACGAAAUCUUCUAUGGACCUUUAUUAAAUCCCUUCAGGCUCUUCCUUAUGUGGCCCUGCUCAUCCUAAUGUUGUUCUUUAUAUACGCAGUAGUUGGAAUGCAGAUAUUUGGCAAAAUUGCACUGGUUGAUGGCACAUAUAUCAACAGAAAUAACAACUUCCAGACCUUCCCACAGGCUGUGCUGCUGUUAUUCAGAUGUGCUACAGGGGAAGCGUGGCAUGAAGUGAUGUUAGCAUCCAUGUAUGGGAAAAAGUGUGAUCCCAAGUCUGAUUACUUGCCUGGGGAAGAGUACACCUGUGGAUCCAAUUUUGCCAUCAUCUACUUCAUGAGCUUCUACAUGCUCUGUGCUUUUUUGAUUAUCAACCUGUUCGUUGCUGUCAUUAUGGAUAACUUUGACUACUUGACACGUGAUUGGUCGAUUCUUGGCCCCCAGCACUUGGAUGAGUUCAAGAAAAUCUGGGCAGAAUAUGAUCCAGAGGCCACGGGGCGUAUUAAGCACCUUGAUGUAGUGACACUACUACGAAGAAUCCCUCCGCCUUUGGGAUUUGGCAAAUUCUGCCCUCAUCGUAUUGCUUGCAAGAGGCUGGUAUCCAUGAACAUGCCUCUCAACAGUGAUGGAACUGUCACCUUCAAUGCCACACUCUUUGCCUUGGUUAGAACUGCACUGAAAAUAAAGACAGAAGGUAAUUUUGAACAAGCCAAUGAAGAACUGAGAGGAAUAAUCAAAAAGAUUUGGAAGCGCACCAGUAUGAAACUAUUGGACCAAGUCAUUCCACCAAUAGGAGAUGAUGAAGUGACAGUGGGGAAGUUCUACGCCACUUUCCUCAUUCAGGAUUAUUUCAGGAAAUUGAAGAAGAGACAAGAAGAAUAUUAUGGCUACCGUCCCACCAAGAAAAGUGGUACCCAUGAGAUACAGGCAGGACUGAGAAACAUAGAAGAGGAGGCAGCUCCAGAACUUCGUAGGGCUAUCUCAGGAGACCUAAUUACAGAGGAAGAGAUGGACCAAGGAUUGCAGAGCAUCUUUAGGAGACAAGGCAGUCUUUUUGGAAACCACUUUGACCCUUUUGAUGAAGAGGGUGAUUUGGCCAAUUCCUGCCAGACCAUGAGCCAGCGCCCUCUGCAGGUGGCAGAAGGAUUCACCAACAUCAAAAUAAAUAACCCCAAUACUCAACCCAGUCUAAAUUAACUGAAGUCUGGAAGACUUGGCUGAUUUCUGAGAGUACAUCAAACACUGAAUUUGACUUCAGCAAAACUGAUGUGGCCCAAGCUUCUGCAUGCUGGUGAAGAUUGAAUGUUUUAUAAUUAGCUCUGCUAAUCCCACUUGUGCUCAGUGUAGUGCAGUGGAUGCAAGGAUACAAGAUUAAUUUUAGUAAAGG